AUACUGCAAUGUUAUAUGAAAAGAGUGGAGAUUAUAGAGAAGCUCUUAAAUAUUAUAAAAUGGCUGCAGAAUGUAAUAAUUUGGUAGCAGAGCUUUCUUACAUCGAAUAUGGUUGGAAAGUAAGAGAGCUAGAACCACUACCACAUUUGUUGCAAAUGUUGAAGAAAUAUGAGCAGACAGUUAAAGAACGGAAAAUAAAUAUACUUCUUGCGAUUGCGGUAACUUAUUAUUCUCUUCAGGAAGAUAUACCAAAUGCAGCAGAAUAUUUUUUAAAAGCUCUAAAAGUAGAUGCAUUGAACAACAAAUUCAAGAUAUUUUAUAAAUUUCUUAACUUCAAGACCCCGAGUAUUUCAUUUUUUUUAAAUGAUUAUUUUUGUCCUCGUCUCGAGAAACAAUAUUCAAAAACACAUAAAAAAAUGUGUGAAGAAAUAAAAAACCUCUUGAACGUAAAGGAUGUACAUGACUUAACGGAAAAACUAUGUACCUUAUCUGUGGAUAUCAAAGAAAAGGAUACUUAAAUAUCCGUUAAAA